CCUGCGCUGGGUCGAUCAUGGCGUCCUCUCUGCACGCUCCAGAUAGUCCACCCCAUCUUGGUCGCCAGCCAUCCUACAUCCACUUCACGCCGCGCCGCGCCAUGGCGUCAUUCGAGAAUCUGGUCGUCCUUGCGAACUAUGAGGAGCAUCUGAGAGAAGCAAGGAAGGUGGUUUGGCGCGACCGUGGAGAGAAGCCCGUGGAGGUGCUGGAUCUGGGCGAGUGUGUGGAACACGCGUGUCGGGGCGGCCUCCGUGCGGGUUCUCUCGCAUUCGCUAUCCGUUCCGGAGUCAAUCUCAUCUUGCUCUUGACGAGAAUCAGGAGGAUACCCAAACGUUUUCGCCUGAGCUUGAUCCGCCAUGCUCUUUUUGGCGAAGACUCCAUGCGCUUCGCAGCCACCCUCGGUUCAUUCGUGGCAUUAUACAAGUUAAUACUCAAUGCCCUCCCCAUCUUCUUGCCCCAACCUGAGCCUCAACCAAGCACAACGGAGACCGAGCGCUCUCUCUUCCGGCAGUCCCUAACGCGCAAAGCAGAGAGAACUGCUGACUUGACCUACGAUGAUAGCACGUACGAGGAGGUUGAGCUAGGUGUUCUUGAGCAGCCGCGUUCUCGUCGUGCCAGGCUAUCCGCGAGUGCCCAGGCACAUCAAGUCUGGGUGCGAAAGAGGACACGAUGGUGGUACUCUGCUUUCGCUGGGGCCGCAGCAGGCGCAAUUGCGAUCAUGUUCGAGAAACGAAGCAGAAGAGUCGGAAUUGCGCAGCAGAUGUUUGUUCGUGGCCUGCAGGGUUCAUUCAACGCCAUAUCGGAUAAGCACGGCUUCAAGAUACCCCACGGAGACGUCUUGGUCUUCACAGUAUGUUGUGGACAGAUCAUGUAUGCUUUCCUGAUGCGCCCGGAAACGCUUCCCUAUUCGUAUAAUAGAUGGAUCCAAGUGGCAUCCAAAGUACCAGCAGAGGCCGUGCGCAUGACUAAAACCCUCGUCCGGGAAGGCAGGUUUGAUCCGGCGGACAUGGAACGUCUACUGGGCCACAAGCACAUUACCCGCAACAACUACGCCAUCCUCUCCGACCGUCUCGCGAAAGCGCGCCUCCCCGAAGGCCUCCGCUCGUAUGGGAAUCCUAUCAUACCCUGCGCCGCGGUGCACCCGGAGCUCGACUCGUGCAUUACUGUGCAGUUCGCGCACUUCUGGGAGGUCUUCCGGUGGAUGCUUCCCAUCUAUGGCGCGCUGCACUUCAUCCCUAUGAUGCUCUUCCGCCGUGGCAAGUUCCUACGGAACCCGAGACAAAUGCUCCUCCGCGCGGCGUGGGGUACCAGUCGGAGCUCGGCAUUCCUAGGCGUUUUCGUUGUCAUAUAUCAAACUUACUUCUGCGGGAAGCACAACCUGUACGAGAAGCUCAUGCUCGCCAAGGCCCCGGGCGCACGCUCUUGGCUCUCGAUCGUCGCGCGCCGUCUUCCGCCAGGGUGGGCCGAGAUUCUGAUCUCGAAGCAGUCGUUCUUCCUCGGCGGGCUGCUUUCUGGUCUUUCGUUGUUCGUGGAGGAGAAACGGCGACGGGAGGAGCUGGCAAUGUACGUGCUGCCGAAGGCCCUCGAGAGCGCGUGGGUGAUGGCGCGAGGGAAGGGGUGGGUGUUCGGAAUGGGCCAGUUUGGGGACGCGUUGUUGACAGCGAUCGGGAUGGGUAUGGUUAUGAGCACGUACCAGAACGACCCGCAACACCUCUCCGGCCUCGUCCGCCGGAUAUUGUAUCAAUUUAUCGGGCCCAACUAGGGGCUGGGUUUGUCUCUCCACAUGUGAUGUGGAUAUUAUCAUACUACUAUUGUAUCAGUGCCGCGCGUCGCCGUACUGCAAUACUCCUAAUGCUUUCCAGACCGCUACGAAGUCUUACUCUUACUAUAAUGAUGAACACUUUUGAUUCCAGCUG